AUGGCCAUCCUGUUCCGGCCGAGAGCAUCUUCCCGCCUUGCUGAGGCCAUUAGCAAGAAGCCACAGGCUUCCCUGGGCCUCGAUGUCACGUACAGGGACGGCGUCUUUGUGGCAAACGUCUUCGAGGGCGGCCUUGUGGCUGCGUGGAACGAGAAGCAGGAGAUGCCGAACCGGAUCUGCGUCGGUGACUUCAUCUUUCAGGUGAACCACGUGUCCAGCAAUCCCGUCGCCAUGAUCGAGGAGCUGAAGGAGAAGACUCAAUUGGACAUCUGUUUGAAGCGGAGGAAAGGAGCCGAGCCUGCUUUACCACCGCAUCAGGCCCCGCGAGCAGCUUCCACCCAGGAGACUGCAGAUGCGACGGAUGGAAGCGGUGCAGAGAUGCGCGAUUGGGGGCCUUCGAGGCCCGCGAGGACGCCCCUUGAGGACAUCCUGGAUCAGCUGGAAAGUCUUGAGGACGAGGCCUUGGCAGGCCUCAUCUGCAUCGCCUUGGAGCGGCGACCCUUUCUGAUCCCUCGGGUACUCCCUGCAGAUGGCCAGGAGCCAGCUGAGAGAUGA